CAUGCAUACACGCACACGGGUUAGGUGAUGCGACUGCAAGAGCGGCGUGGGACCUCAGAGUCUCAGACCAUGACCGUAGCUUCGGGUUGGGUCAUCCAUGACUCUGACUAUGCAGGGCACUGAUGUCGUCACUUCUGGGCAAUUCUCUCAUUGUCCUGACGCUUUUAAUUUCUUUAUUACCUUAAUUUGAGCCCGAUUCAUCUCCACAUUUGCUGGUCUUUCUUUGUUUCUUCUUCUUCACCAUAGAAGCCUACUUCAGUCUCUUCUUGUUCUGUAACAUGUUGGGAAGCAUGGCAGAAAAGUUUAUUCUUCAUGGAGAUUCUAAGGAUCUUAUUGAAGGCAAACUUGAAGAAUCGACUUCAACUUCUCUACCCAGAUCGCCUAAUAAAACUAGCAGACCUAGCAGUAUGAUCAUUAAGAAGGCGCAUACUGUGAUUCCUGCACACUUAAUAGCUGAAGCCAUUUCAACUCUGCCAGGCCUUGACCUGCGGUGGUCGGGCCCGAUAACGCCCACUGAAAUGCAAUAUGUAGAGCAGUAUGUUCUGGCAAAGUAUCCACAGUAUUGCAAUGGUAUUGUAGAGCAACAAGAAAAGGUCGAUCUUGAAAAUCUCUUUAUCAAUGAAGAAUCGUCAGAAACUGGCCCUGAUGAAAAGCGCAAAUCCCCCAUAAGCAGCUCUUCAUCUCCAUCUCUUCCUGGUAACCUCCAUGAUCUUGACAGAAACCAGCUUGAGCCCUCAAGGCUUGUAGAUAUCCUCUCCAAGAAGAACUCAUUUCAAGGGAACUUCGUUUCAAUCCCAGAAAUUCAAGCUCGAAACCGGGCUCUGAAACAUUGUGGGCUUAAUGAAAAUGAGUACUCGGUUCUUUUUAAGCAAAGCUACAAAGAAGCCAUGUUGAUGAUAGGUGAAAGCUAUCCUUUCUUCAGGGGGAACUAUUAUUUGACGAUUCUGUCAGAAGGGUCUGAUUUUAUAAGGGGAUUCGCGAGCCAGAAAGAAUCAAGAGUCAUUUCAGCGCCGGAGACAUGGUUGGAUUUGCGAAUCAAAGGGUCACAACUUAGUCAGAAUUUUAGAAGGAAAUGUAAGUACAGUCCAAAGGGGCUUUUCUCAUAUCCAACGGUUGUGAAUGGGACUAGAUAUUCUAUGCACUGGAUCUCAGAGGCUCACAGGAACUCGUGGCAUGUUCUUCUUGAUGCAACAGGGUUGGAUUUUGCAGAGGAUCGACUGGCGCUUGCUCUUCAUCGACCUGAUUUUGUGCUGUGUACACUUGAUAAUACACAUUUUCAGAGUCAGCCAUUAAAGAUUACCUGCCUCUUGGUUAGGAGGAAAUCGUUUGAAAAUGCUUCAUCUGCUUCAGCCUAGCUAGCUUCAAUCUUUUUUCUUACAGAUUUGAGAAGGCUCGUGGCCUGUAAUAAGGUAUAAAUAUAUAUAACCUUGUAAUUUCGUUUUGCAGUAAUAAUUGGUAAUUAUGGUCCCA